AAACAAAGAGAGUGAUCUCUCUGCAAAAAGAGAAAUAUCUGUACCGUUACUCAAACCCAGCUAACCUUGAGUGAGCCCUCAAACUCACACUGACUGAGAAAUUCACACAUUCUAUGUGAAAAUUUUACAUACAUUCAAUGUUAAAUCUGAGAUUCUGCUACAUCUAGGGUUUGUACUUGACCGAACUCAAUUGUGAAUGGGGAAUUGCUGUAGAUCUCCGGCUUCCGUAGCCAGAGAAGACGUCAAGUCGGGAAACUUCUCCGGCCACGACCCCGGCCGGAAGGAUAAGUCCUCCGGAAUCGCGAAGAAGCCAAUCGCAGUUUUGACGGAUGCGGAGAAGGAGAAUAUCGAGGAGAAGUAUUUAGUCGAUCGCGAGCUGGGGAGGGGGGAAUUUGGGGUGACCUAUUUGUGCAUUGAGCGGGAAACCAGGGAGAUGUUGGCUUGCAAGUCGAUUUCGAAGCGGAAGCUGCGGACGGCGGUGGAUGUGGAGGAUGUGAGGAGGGAGGUAGCGAUAAUGAAGCAUUUGCCGCAGAACUCGAGCAUCGUCAGCUUGAAAGAGGCGCGGGAGGACGAGAAUGCCGUGCAUUUGGUGAUGGAGCUGUGCGAGGGAGGGGAGCUGUUUGAUAGGAUUGUUGCGAGGGGGCAUUACACGGAGCGGGCGGCGGCUGCGGUGACCAGGACGGUUGUGGAGGUCGUGCAGCUGUGCCACAAGCAUGGGGUUAUUCAUAGGGAUUUGAAGCCCGAGAAUUUCCUGUUUUCGAAUAAGAAGGAAAAUUCGCCUCUUAAAGCGAUUGAUUUCGGAUUGUCUAUUUUCUUCAAGCCAGGUGAGAGAUUUUCUGAAAUUGUUGGGAGCCCUUACUACAUGGCGCCGGAGGUACUCAGGCGAAAUUAUGGGCCAGAAAUAGAUAUCUGGAGUGCAGGGGUCAUUCUUUAUAUCAUGUUGUGUGGGGUUCCUCCCUUCUGGGCAGAGUCCGAGCAAGGUGUAGCCCAGGCCAUCAUACGUGGGAAAAUCGACUUUGAACGCGAACCAUGGCCAAGUAUAUCUGACAGUGCCAAGAGCCUUGUAAGACAGAUGCUUGAACCAGAUCCUAAGCUCCGAUUGACAGCACAGCAAGUUCUUGAGCAUCCCUGGCUCCUAAAUGCGAAGAAGGCUUCAAAUGUUCCUCUUGGAGAUGUUGUCAAGUCAAGACUGAAGCAGUUCUCCUUGAUGAAUAGAUUCAAGCGAAAGGCCCUUAGGGUCAUUGCUGAUUUCUUAUCUAAUGAAGAAGUUGAAGGAAUCAAAGAUAUUUUUGCAAGGAUAGACACUGAUAGUGAUGGUAUUGUUUCAACUGAUGAACUCAAGGCUGGAUUAAAAAAUUCUAACUCACAGAUGACAGAGACAGAAAUACAAAUGCUCAUUGAAGCUGUGGAUGCAAAUGGUAAAGGAACAUUGGACUAUGGAGAAUUUCUUGCUAUUUCACUCCAUCUGCAGAAGAUUUCCAACGAUGAGCAUCUUCACAAAGCUUUCUCCUAUUUUGACAAAGACGGAAAUGGUUACAUUGAGCCUGGGGAGCUUCGGGAUGCCUUGAAAGAAGAUGGCGAAGAUGAUAGUGCAGAUGUGGCAAAUGACAUUUUUCAGGAGGUUGACAGGGAUAAGGAUGGACUUAUAAGCUAUGAUGAAUUUGUAGCCAUGAUGAAAACUGGCACAGAUUGGAGAAAAGCUUCACGACAUUACUCAAGAGGGAGAUUUAAUAGCCUGAGCAUAAAGCUGAUGAAGGAUGGUUCGGUUAACUUGGGCGGGUAAAUAUGACUGUUUCUCUCAUCUGUACGAGUUACCAAGUUGUUUCCCUUUGUAGUGAAAUUACCAUUGUUAUCAUUAUUAUGGCUUCCACAUAUACAAUGGGGUUCCAUCUGAUUGGUAACCUAGAAAGAUAAUGUAUGGGGUGAGUACAAUUGACUAGCACAGAGCUUGCUGGUCCCCGAGACACUGAUAUAUCGUAUUCUCUCCCCCAAUUCAACAUCUCCCUCUGUUUCGUCAUUGACAGAUGAUUUAGAUGUCUGAUACUGAUUAUUACUAGUAAAUAUAUUUGUCAAAAGAAUAGCUCUCAGCGAACAUGUGAUUUGUGCAAAUUAAAACAAUUUUCUUUGUGUU